AUGCCUCCAAAGCGCAGUGCGCGCAGUGCGAAAGUACCUCCGAAACCGCGGGCCGUAGGGCCAAAGACCAGGGCGGUCAAGGCCAAGGACGAGCCGUCCGCGCUGAUGGAGGCCACGAAGGCGGCCGAGGAGGUAGUGCGCUCUCGUAGCAGCACGCUGGAGAGCAAGGAGGAGAGUCCUCGGGGCCAUAAAAGCCCGGCUCGCGACUGGGAAGCCGCCGUCUUUGACUGCACGAUGGUCCAGUACACCGGUGAGAGUUCACCCGACGGCGAGAACGUCUCGGAGGGCAGCACGCACGCUGCCGAAGGCACGGAGCUGGCGGCAGGCGACAUGACCAACGCCUCGGCCGACGCAAAGGCCUCGUCAGAGAAGGAGGCGGAGGACGCCGAGUCCGGCUCAGGCGACAUCAUGCAGUCGCACGACGAAGUCGCUAUGGCCGACGCUGGGGUCGUGGCCGAGAAGUCGCCGAGCGACGCGGGCUCCAAGCCCAAGGAGGUGCUGGCAUCCAAGCAUCUGACGCUGGCACAAGGUCGUGAGCGUGCCCAAGCGUCGAAAGCGACUGUCGCUGCGAAGGCCGCCGAGGCCAAGGCGAAGCGUUCAGCUUCCAGGUCGCCUCGCGGCUCCAGCUCCAAGCUGUUCAUCGACUCGGAGUCUGAGGACGAGGAGGGUGCCGUCCACGAGCCCAAGGAGCUCUCCAACAACCUCGACGAGCAACAGCAGCAAUACCACGCGGCUAGCUCGGGUGCGUAUGCCAGACAGCCGACUGCCACGACUGCCAUCGAGUCUUCUUCAGGCGGGGAUGCCACGUACCCGCGGGACUACUUCCCGCCCGAGCCUGGCACUGGUGCGCCAGCGCUGUUGGAGAAGCUCUCGGCUCCUCGUGGCCUUAUCGGCGGGUACACCUCGAGGGGUUCCUAUGAGCGUGCCCUUGUUGAGAAAGAGCCACUCUUUCUUGGCGACGUUGAAGUCGCCCGGUGUGUGCUACUAGCACAACACAAGCUCACACUGAAGGAGUUCACCACGCUUCGCAAGAAGGCGGAGGACAAGGGUGGACUCCAUCCUGUGUGGGGUUUCCACUGGGUCAAGCCGAAUGACAACAUGAUCUGGAGCGAGGUGGAAAACCUCUUCUGGCGCUACGUCCAGCGCAAAGGGUAUUCCGACCAAGAGUUCAAAGAACUCCGUGAGGAUCGCACUCUGUCCGCCAUUCUGGACGUGCGCGAGCUCCGCAUCGAGUUCGCUCAACUCGUGAGCAAGCGCAAGCUCCACUCGAAGAUGGACGAGCUGAAGCAAGAGGCGAGAGCCAAAGCUCGUGAAGAGCGUGGGCGUGGUGCGACUACGUCUGCUACCGUACCCCGGGUACCGGCCAAGAAGCCAAGGACUACUUACGAAGCUGCCGCUGCUUCUCGUCCCACAUCGCAACAGCCUUCGGGCAGUCUGCCUGGAGCUGCUCAACGGGCUCCCACGAGUUAUCCGACUCAGGGUAACCCCUCCACUUCACGAGCAGCUGGCGCUUGCCAUGGAGCCGCUCCCGGACGACUCGUUCCACGUGGUAGUGGAUCUGCCCAUUACGAUCAAGGAGGGCCGGCGGUGGCCUCGCACGGCCAUGGCUACGAGCCUAAGGCGACGCAGCCGUAUGCUGGGGCCCCGAGUCAGGUGGUGGCCCUGCAGCAAGAGGAGAUUCGUCUUCUCCAGGACCGUGUGUACGUCCUCGAGAUCGCGCUUGGCGUCGGCCUUGGUGGCGAGGCUGCCGCUCGUGCUGGUCAGCCUGGUGCCGUGGAGCGGCUCCGUGAGGAUGUUGCCUCGCUCUAUCAAGAAACUCGCAGUCUCCAUGGCCGUGUGGAUCGUCGAGCCGACCUGUCGUCUUACGACUCGCUGCGAAACCACCUCGCUGGCCUUCGGGCCGAGCUUCAUGGCCACGCGCCGUAUCCGGAGCAGCAGCAGCCCCACUCGUAUCAGGCCCAGUUUGGCCAGGGCUCGUUCGGGGCCCCUGCGUAUGCGUAUGCUGCUCCGAUGUACGCCGCGCCGUCUUACGACCAGCGCGCGUAUCAGGCGCCUUACCGCGACCCGACGCCGCGCUUCGAGGAGCUGCGCUCUUCUCCACCGGGCCACCCACCGCUUCCUGCGGGGCAGCCAGAGCCAGAGGGUCAUGGUACCUCUUAA